CCGGCUGAUGUUCACCGUAUAUUUAGUCUACUCAGCGGCCGGUGAGAGAUCCCUCACCUCAGUGCAACAUUCUCAUUCACUGUGAAUAUAAAAACCCUGACUUGGACCUGCUGCCACUAUUUGCCUGUUGUGUUGUAGCCCAGUUUGAACUUAUUCAAAGCCAUGACCAUGCUCAGAGUGUCUUCUUACCGCAAGCUGUUUGAGGAUGAUAGCUGGAGUCGAAAUGGAGGGUUAAGUAUGCAGUGUGCAGGGCAGUGCCGGGCCUCUGUCAGGGGUGCGGCCAUUAACGAGUGUAACUGUGAGAAGUUAGACUUCGUAGCUGCCAAGGCGCUCAACAAGGAGGGUCUGAACCGGUUUGUCCAGGAGCGCAACAUCAUCGCAGCCCUCAACGACCGCCUGGUCAGACUUAUUGAACUGGCCCAUUGUUUUGAGGAGGAGAAUGAGUCUCUUGAAUGUCAGAUUGUUGAACUAGAGGAGAAGCUGAACAGUCGGCAAGCCGCCUCCAGCAUCACCUCCACUGUGGCCGAGCCUGACUACAGUCUGGAUGCAGUGGUGGAAAGACUGCGCAGGGAGAGGGAUGAGAUUCUGUGUGACACAGAGGAGCUGCAGAAAGAGCUUGAAUGUCUGAUGAAAGAGUACGAGAAGGCUGCACAGCAGAGGAUCAUCCUCCAGCAGGGACGACAGGAGGUUGCUGAGGAAGUCGAUGCUGUGACAGCAGAGUGUUUGGCACUGAGGGAGCAAGUGGCUAUCUACGAGGAGCAGCUGGCCAACAUGGAGGCCCAGCACACAACGGAAGUGGAGAGUCUGCUGGAGCCAGCUGAAGGGGCUACAGGAGCUGUGGCAGCUAUUAUAUUUGGCAGCCCUGACAUCACUCCAGCCCUGGUUGUAAAGGAGUACUACUGCCAGCUGGCCGAGAACCUCCAGUCCGAGUGUGGUGCAUCCUCCUCUGCUGUUGUUCGCAGUGGUGAUGGAAAACAACUGGAAGUAGGGGGAGCUGGAGGGUCAACAGUCAAAGACUUGUCAAAGAUAAAGGACAUCAAUGAGCUGAAGAUGCUGAUUUCAGAGCUACAAAAGGAGCUCUCUGAGCUGGAGAAGUGUAACGAGGAGCUGGAGGACGAGGUUGAGAUGAAGACGGCUGCAUAUAUUGACGAGAUUGCUGAGUUGGAGUGUACUAUUGAUGAAAUGCGGCACCAGGAGGCCGACUUCCAAGUGCAGAUGAAGAAGCAGUGUGAAGACUACAAGGAGCUGCUCAGUGAGAAGAUGGCCAGAGACAUGGAAAUUACUGCUUACAGGAGUCUGGUGGAGGAAGAGGAGGAGCGGCUGUGCAACCUGUGACUUAAGACUGGAGAAUCAGACUGGCAGGCUGGAUACUCCCCCACACAUGGAUUAGAAAAUAGACCAAAGAGAAACGUGAAAAACACACCGAAACCAGCACUAGGAUGAAGCUUAAGGUACCAAUGCAGCAAUUUAAGCAGAACUUAUCAUGACAGAUUAAUGUCGUCUGGAAGCCUAAGCGGGGCCAUUGAUAACAGGUUGCUGGCAGAUGACCCCGAGACUCCAAGAAAGAUGGAGCUGUCUAAAAGAGGUGGGAGGAUGGGGUCUGCGUGAUGAGUGCGUAUCCAUUCAGUGUCUGGCAUGGAUAUUUCCUUAAGUGGGUUUUAUCUUUACCAGCUCACUUCUAUCAUUCAUAAAUGUGUUGUCCCCUCUUUGUUGAACACACACACACACACACACACACACACACACACACACACACACACACACACACACACGUUAAACUGCGGCUCUGUGAAGUCAUCCCCCUCUGAUACCACCUCAUCUAUCACUCAAAUGUUGUCUGAUUACCAGCUCUUAACCCUUGACCCUAUCACUGUUAACAUAUUGACAGUUCUCCUUUUGGUAACUAGAAGCAUCCCACCUUCCCUUUGCUUUUACAGUCAUGCAUUCAUGUUUUGUUUUUACAUAUAACUGACAGUCAAGUGUGCAGUGCACUGUUUGCUUUUCAAAUGGUUCAUGAAAUUGUUGUUUUUCUGCAGCUCUUACAAAAUGAGCACCUGGAUGUUUCUACAAGAAAAAGCCUGUGUGAUUCAUUAUUUCUCCUUUAAAAAUCAAUGUCCCAAUUUGCUGUCGUUUUUAGAAAUAAGCAUUCGGUAAUACAUUCCUCUGUAAUCUUUUUAUUUUCUACAUGACAUUUAAGCUGUCUAUGAUAAAUCAUUUUUGGUUCUCGCUUCUGCACAAGCAUCCGCAUGUGCUUUAGAUUUAAAUUGAAUAAAACUAAUUGCUUGAGA